UAUUUUUUUUUUUUGUUAAAACAUUGCAACAAAUACGCAACAUAUUUUUUUUUUAUUUAAUAUAAGUAUUUAUUUAUUGUAAAUAUAAGUUAUAUACAUAAAAAGGGAUUGUCUUUUUAAUCUCAAAGUAUUAAAUUAAAUUAAUUUCUAGUCUUCAAUUUAUAUCGUUUAUAUUGAAUAUAAAUUUUCAAUAACAAUGGCAUCACCUUGGGCAAAAAUUAAACCAGUUGACGAUGGAGCUGUAAGUUUACAACAGAUUGCUGCUGAAGAAAUUAUCAAGAAUCUUCAAGAAAAAGAAUUUCGUAAAUAUGAAAAGCCUAUUGAGCCUGAAAUAAUUCAGGACAUUACUGAAAUUCCAGAGGAAUUAAUUUGUGAAUUGGAGGGCACAAAUGAUGAUGCAGCUAUUGCACAAUUAUUGCAAAAGCAAUUUAAUCAAGAGUAUGAUUUAAUGUUGAAAAAAACUGAAGAAAAAUACAAUGGUCGAUCAAAAGUUGGAAUAUCUCUUUUGAAUUAUCGACAAUGUCCAAGUUUAGAUCCAGAGGAUGAAAAAUCAUCAGCUGAUGAUGACAGUCGUGACCUAGAUAGAUUUGUUAGUGUUGAAAAGGAGUAUGCUUCAAUACCAAGAUGUGGUUACAAAAAGACAAAUGAAGGAUCUGAAAUUGUAACAAAACAUGACAUGUUAAUGUCAUCAAGAAUAAAUGCAUGUCGUGUACUUGAAUUUCCACCAGGUAUAUCAACUGGUGAUACUGCUGGUUUUGAUGUCAAAUUAAAUAACCAAGUGUUCAAUGGUCUUCGCAAUCAUAGCUAUGCUCAUUGUUCUCGUGAAAAAGCCAAGACCAGACCACAUCCAAAAACAUCUCCAUAAAAAAAAAAAAAAAAACUAAAAAAAACUUGUUCAUCAAUAUAUUUAUCAUUUAUAUAUUUAUUUUAAAUUAUUUCAGCUGGACAAUGAUUAAUAAAUUAAAAUGACUAUAAAGAAAAUUAUUGUAGAAAAUAUAAUUUGUAUUGAUACAUCAGGUUUUGGAAGAAUUAUUAUUAUUAAAUAUGUUUUUCAAAAACAACAAAAAUCAAAAUUAAA